AUGGCGCCUUCAAGCCAGAGCUUUCAACUUCCUGACAUCCUUGGGGUCAUCAACUCUAUAGAAUUGCGGACUAAUGGACAUUGUCGUUACGCCACGGAGGCAUCUGAAAAAUGGCUCACUGAAACUGGAAUCCUCUCCGUGGAUGAACUAUCGUAUAUUCAUCCUACGAAAAUCGGCUUGCUCUCUGCUCUUUGUUUCCCGAAGUGCGACUUUCCACAGUUACGGGUCCUCACCGACUUUUGCAUGCUGUUUUUUUACUCAGGGCUGAGGGAGAAUGCCGAAGGCGAAACCUUCCGUUUGUGGGAUGUCGAUCAUUCCCAGCUGUCUGCACAAAUAGCCGCCGGUUCUGUAGGCGAAAUGGAUUAUAAAAGCGGGUUAGACCUGCUCAAAGGACACGUAUUGCUCAGGCAGUUGCACCAGCGUCUCGUCAAUUUGGCCUCCGCGGCCUCGGAAACGUGGAACGCCCGGUUCAAAAAGUCUGUCCUGGAUUAUCAGGCGGCUCAAGAAGUGAGGCGGAUGAAUCGAUCCCGAAAUGAUGUACCAUCUCUUGAAGAAUACACGGCAACUGCCCGUGAGAUGCAUGGAAAUAGCGUCCUCCUUGACCUCGCGGAACUCUUGGAGGUCUUCGAAUUCCCUGAUCUGCGAGGAACCGAGGCAGAGAAAAUCAUUCAUAUGAAGCAUGCUGCUUUAGAUGUCAUCGCGUGGUCUUUGGACGUUGUUUCUUAUCAACUUCAGCAAUACAGGGGGAGUACAUACAAUCUCGUGGCCGUAUUGAUGCAUCACAACAGCUUAUCUGUACAAGGCGCGAUGAAUCAAUGCGGAAAUAUGAUCAAGCAGGCAUUUUCUUCUUUCUGUUCAACGGAACGAGCUAUUCUCGACUCGAUUGAUAGUUCAAAGUCGUCUAUUUUAUCGUGGAUGUGGACAGCUAAAGAAAUAUCUGCAGACACCGAGGCUAUAUCGGAAAAGAUCAAGAGAUACAUCCGGGCAUUGAAAGACUGUAUUAGCGCUGUAAUUCACUGGGCUUACGAAACGGAGCUGUUUUUUGGUAAGAAAGGCAGCGAAAUUAGGACCUUUGGUUGGGUAUUUGUCGAUCACAUUCCAGUAAUUACGGAGUGA